AGGAUUUCUGACAUGUAGUCGUACUCACAGGGCCCGUUUCACACUGGCCUAGCUGACAGGGUGAGAAGCGAGUCCCCACAGUGCCUAUACUCAGAGGUUUUACGCUGAAGGAAAAUGAGCCGAUUUACGAGCAUCGCUUUCCAACCAAGUGUCCUCUUUCUUCUGAUGCCAUUGGCAGUGCACUCCGCCAAAAUUUUACUCUUAUCUGCUCCCAUAUACAGCCAUUGUUUGGAGGUGAGCUCAGUGGGACAGGAGCUUGCUAACAGAGGACACAACGUUUCUAUGUUGUUAGGAUCGAAUUUCAACCACAAAAAUUGCUUCCGGAAAAACAGUGAUGGCAACAAAAUAAUCCACCCAAUCAUUAUCAAAAGCAAGCCUAAUUUAAAGACGAUAGAACAGGCAUCGUUGGACAUGUCAACACUAAUGGAAAACGAGGAAUUCAACAUUUUCAAGCAUCUGGGUAAAGCAGAUGAGUUUACGAGUUUGUUGUGUCAGAACCUCUUGUGGAAUAAAGAAGGUAUAAACAGUUUGAAGAAAGAAAAGUUCGACUUAGCAAUCGUCGAUGGGUUUUUCCUCAGUUAUUGUAUAUACCUCAUUCCUCAUGUUCUGGAUUUACCACACGUUUCCGUCAGCACGACUUUUGAUGACUGGAUAGUAGCCCGUCCUACUCUACCAAGCAUUGUGCCUGGGCCGGUGUCAAAGUUUACUAGCGACAUGUCCUUCUGGGAGCGACUGGCAAACGCCUUCACCUACCUUAUUUUCCAUCUGCUAAGCAGAUACGUCAUGCCGCUAGAGAUCAUCAAUGAGUUUGCUCCGGGGAUAUCUUCACAAGAUGUCCUUCAUAUGGCAGCCAGUUCUCGGCUGUACCUGUAUAACUAUGACACCGUUCUGGGCUACCCUGUUCCCACCAUGCCUAACCAUGUCCUCGUCGGUGGUUUGGCAACGGCCCCGGCAAAACCUCUAGACAAAGAAUUCUCUAAGAUUUACAAUCAAUCAAAAAGCGACAUUGUCCUGGUCACUUUUGGUUCGUCUUUUGGUCUUCUUCCAGAAAAAGUCGAAAACAAUUUGGUCCAGGCUUUAAAAAGGCUGAAAAUUACAGUUGUGUGGAAAUACCUGAAGAGUGGGGAAGAUGGAAACAUUAAGAAAGUUUCGUGGUUGCCUCAGAAUGAUUUACUUGGAAAUUCUAAAACCAAGUUGUUCAUCAGUCACUGUGGGAACAAUGGUCUCUUUGAGGCUCUCUACCACGGUGUACCGAUUCUCUGCACGCCCCUUUUUGGUGAUCAAUUUACAAACGCAAUGAGGGUUCAGCACUGGAAGGUAGGCCGAUAUACAAAUCUCAUCAUGUCUACAGAAGACGAUUUAUUUGCCGCAAUUACUGACAUCAUGACAACUCCUAACUACAGAGAAAACAUGCGGAAAGCGUCGGCCAUUUUUCACAGCCGGCCAAUGAAUCCUCGUCAGCGAGCGGCAUUCUGGGUAGAGCACGUGCUGAAAUUCGGUGGGGGAUAUCUGAGAUCACGUGGUUCAGAUUUAUGCGUUCUGUCGUACCUUGGAUACGACUGUCUCAUUUUCGUGUUGUUUGUGCUUUUCCUUGUUCUGUGUGCUCUUUAUAAAUCAGUGGUUUGCUGUUGUCACUGCUGUGUGAAAGCGAAACAAGAUAAAAUCAAAACGAGUUAAAUUGUGACCACUAUCCAUCUAAAUACAGCCUUCAACAAGGUGAUCUCCGCAUUUUUCCUCAUUUGAUGCACGUUUCACAGGGAGAACUUUAAUCCCGUUAAUGUGGUCGUGCGGCAAUGAUGUUAAAAGUGUUCAUUAAUUUCCCAAACAUGUACUGACAUUCAUUUCUUCAUAUUGGAGAUUUAUCCUCUUUCCCAAGCAUGAUAUUUCCACAACUCCCAGAAAAGAGGGCAUUAUAAUUACUCAUGUGUUAUGUAAUCAUGUCAGCACAGUUUAAAAACAAAACUUUUGUUACCUCAAAGUCCACUGAAGCCGCUGUUUGUAAUCAAGUUUGAUGUCAUAAUAAAAUUAGUUAUACGGAAAAGGGACCGCUCGUGUUAAUUGGGAUAAAGAGGUGAUAAAUUCAGUGCAAAAUUUAGCUCGCUUCUCACAGUUCCACAACGCCUAUGUGCGUCACCCUCCUUAACUCAUUGUGUUUCUAUCUGGAGUGUCAUUUGAGGUAUAGCGGUGAUUUUAUACGGCGUGUUGUAUUGUUAAUGUGUACAAUAUCCUGUGCAGUGUUGUAUUGUAACUGUGUGAGGUGUCAUGAGAGGUGUGAUACUGUAACUGUGUGAAGUAACAUGUGAGGUGAUGUUCUGUAGCUGUGUAAAGUGUCCUGUGUGGUGGUAUACUGUAACAAUGUGGAGUGUCCUUUGGGAUGUUAUGCUGUAGCUGUGAAAAAUAUUAUGUGGGGUGUUAUACUGAAACUGUGGCGGAGUGUCCUUUAUGGUGUUACACUGUAAGUGUGUGGAGGGCCAUGUGAUGUGAUAUACUGUAUGUGUGUGGAGUGUUGUAUCUGGGUGUGGUGUCAUGUGGAUUGUUAUGCAGUAACUCUGUGGAGUGUCCUUUAUGGUGUUAUACUGUAAGUGUGUAGAGUGCCCUUGAUGAUAUUGUAUCUGUGUGGUGGGUCAUGUGGAGUGUUAUACUCUAACUGUAUAGAGUGUACUUUACGGUGUUAUACUGUAACUGGGUGAAGUGUCCUUUCCGAUGUUAUACUGUAAGUGUGUGGAGUGUCCUUUAUGACGAUGUAUCUGUGUGGUGGGUAAUGUGGAGUGUUAUACUGUAACUGUGUGGAGUUUGUUUAUGGUGUGAUAUACUGUACGUGUAUGGAGUGUCCUUUACGGCGUUAUACUGUAAAUGUGUGGUUGGUCAUGCGGAGUGUUAUACUGUAACCGUGUGAAAUGUCCUUCCUGGUGUUAUACUGCAAGUGUGUGGAGUGUGCUUUGUGAUGUUGCACUGUGAGGAGUAUCAUGUGGGGUGUUACUGUAACUCUGUAAAGUGUGGUGUUUAAUGUAUAAAGUAACUUUGUACAGUGUUUCUGUGGAUUAUGGGACUCACACAGUUCAGUGAGGUUUUAUACUGCGUUUGUGUCAUGAGGAACGUUUUACUGUAACCGUGUGAAGAGCUACAUCUAUGUGAGGUGGCAUGAAGUUAAUGGGUAAAGUGUUGUUGGAUGUCUUAUACGGUAAUUGUGGGAAGUGUCAUGUAGGGUGUUACACUUCAACUGUAUGGAAGAGUGUCCUUUAUGAUAUUGAAUUUGUGUUUAGCGAGUUGUAAUAUUCCAACCAUGCGCAGUGUCAAGGGCAGUGUUGUAUUGUGCUCUUUUAGGUUGUCAUAUGGGUUGUUUGGUGGUUUAUUGGUUUGAGCGUCCGCCACGAAAUCGGAAGAUCUGGGGUCAAACCCAGGUAAGGUCAUGCUUAAAACUUUAAAAAUGAUACUUGUUGCUGCCUCACUUGGCACUGAAUUGGUUUCUGAAAACAAUUUUCUAUCUGUUCUGUAUGUUCUGUACUGGGGAAUACGGAGACAGUUACAUGCAUUUCAUACCGUGAACUUAACUUACCGUGAAUUUACAUUAACUCUCUCAAUUAUGGGGCCUCCGUGGGCGAGGGGUUAGAACACUAACGCGGCGCAAUGGCCCAGGAGCUUCCCACCAAUGCCGUCGCUGUGAGUUCUCCAACCGUACAUGGGAAGGUCUGCCAGCAACCUGUGGAUGUCGUGGGUUCCCCACAGGGUUCUGCCCAUUGUCUUCCCACAAUAAUACUGGCCUCCGUGGUUUAAGUGUAUUCUUAUAUUAUUGAGUACGGCGUAAAACACCAAUCAAAACAAAAAGAAAAAAAUAGAUAAAUAAGUAUUGCAACUUUUACAUUAAGUAUGUGUUUUUAUGGAAACUAAAAAUGGUUAUACAUCCCAAAAGUGCCGUGUUAAGCGAAAGUAGAUAUAUAUUCUUACAAAUAAUAUUGCACCAUACACCUUCCACGUUGUGACGAAAAAAUUGUAACCAAUGGCUGUUGUGUUUGGUAAAACUUAAGAAACUCUGAAUAGUGACUAUUGAUGGUAAAGAUUGGAGUUCAAAGUUUCACUUACAUAUACUAUAUACAGGGUUUUCUGGGAAUAUUGCCAUUCAUAAAUGAAGUCCCUUUUGUUAUACGAUCAACGUGAGCGGAAUAUACAGAUUCAGGAAAUAUGUGUCAUCGGAGGAUUCACUGGUCUCCGUUAUGUCCAGUAAAUAAUGAUAUAAUUCCUUUACUGCAUCGAUUGUAUAGGAAUUAUGUACCGUCAGAAGGCAGUUUAUAAAGCUUUAGGUUAAUGGAAACUGUAUGGUUUUGUAAAGCUGAAUGAUUUUCAACAUAUAUAGUCUGCAUAUAGUCUUAUUCAUUUAUGAAUAAAUAUAUUUCUGCUAACAGGCCAGAGCCGUUAGUUAUUAAUCUAUAAAUAAAAUUCUAUAAAUC